AUGGAGGCUAUCUUCCAGUACUCUUCUCCUAUCAACCCUAAGGAGUUGUCCAAGAAUGGCUACUUUUCUCAGCUCAUGCCCCGUAUAAACCACAGAGAUGAUCUCGCAAAUGCUGCAACUCGGAAGCUUCUAUCAGACUGGGCAGGAAUGGUUGGAGAUGGAUGGGAGAGCGAAUCUAAUAGCUCACUGAGCGAAGUUGGCAAUUGGUGUUCCCUAGUGUUCCCUGAAACAAAGCCGGAAAGAUUAGGAACUUUGACCUAUCUCACUGACCUCGGUUUGAUACACGACGACAACACCGAAGCGAUGUCUUCUGAUCUAGCGAAUCAGGAGCACCAAGUACUCAGCGCCGCCUUGAAUGACUCCGACAACUCAAGCAUACCUGGAGGCUCCCGAUCUCAAAAGAUUAAGAACUUGGCCGCUCAAUUCUUGCUAGAAGCUAUGGGUAUUGAUUACGAAAAGGGCUCUAGGAUGAUUAAAGCUUAUCGAAAGAAGUGGCUCGAAGUGAUGGACAGCCCACCAUCUGAUGCCUUCAACGAUAUCUCAUCUUACUUGAAGUUUCGAAUGAGCAAUGGUGGCAUGGAUCCCUUUUGGGCCAUGGUCCUUUUCGGGAUGGACAUAACAUUGACAGAGGACGAAAUCAAGGCCACACAACACGUCAUGGAUGCCGUUGAUUGUGCGCUCGUCCUGACCAACGACUACUACAGUUUCGAUCGCGAGUACGCAGCGGUUCAGUCCAAUCCCGAGGCUCGUAUCGUGAACGGUGUAUUCCUCCUCAUGCAAAAUGACGGCAUCGAUGAGGCGCAGGCAAAAUCAUCAAUACGCGAUCUAAUCGUCGGGUAUGAGUCUCAGUUCCUUGUACGAUGGAAGGAAUACCAAGAGAAAAAUAAAAACAUGUCGAUAGCUCUCCGACGCUUCAUGGAAGGUGCUGGCGCUAUCGUCGCCGGUAACCACUGGUGGUGUACCGUGUGCCCUAGGCAUCAUUCUUUCAAGACCCAACCAGCGAAAGUGCCGCAAACACAUGUCGCUCCCUCAAAACCGUUACCUGCCGGUGGACCGAAAAGAACUGACUCUGCGACUUCGAUCGAUACAAUUUCCAUCUCCCCUCAACUUUCACAAGAAGCACUAGUAGAGCCUAUUGAUUAUCUCAAAUCAAUGCCAUCGAAAGGCGUUCGGAAAGCUCUCAUCGAUUCGUUGAACGUUUGGUUCGAUAUUCCUACGAAGAAGGUGAAGAGCAUCGAAGAGAUCAUAGAUACCCUCCACCAGUCUUCGCUGAUCCUAGACGAUAUCGAAGACAACUCUGGUAUCCGACGCGGUCUACCGUCUGUUCACACAAUAUAUGGCCAGGCUCAGGCAAUCAACAGUGCAACAUACAUGUUUGUCCGAGCUGUGAGUCUUACAUCUUCGGGUUUAAGUCCUAAAGGGCUGUCACGCCUGUUAGAAGGUCUCGAGCGUCUAUUCAUUGGCCAGAGCUGGGACUUGUAUUGGAAACACAAUCUCAUUUGCCCUUCAAAGGAGGAGUACUUGCAGAUGGUUGAUGGAAAGACGGGAAGCAUGUUCAGAAUGCUGGUUGAGCUGAUGGAAGUCGAGAGUCUCACGCCAUGUCCUCCCAUGACCAAAAAGCUCAUCUUCCUCUUGGGAAGAUAUUUCCAGAUCCGGGAUGACUACAUGAACCUAGUUUCGAAAGAAUACGCGGCACAGAAGGGCACUUGUGAAGAUCUCGAAGAGGGCAAGUUUUCCUUCCCAAUCGUUGCCUGCAUCCAAGAUUGCCCUGCGUCCAAAGGCAAGAUCCUUGGUUUGUUUCGCCAGCACGCGGCUGGCCAGAAACAGCAGCCGAUCGGCAUGGGGGACGAGUGCAAGAAUCUUAUCAUGCAGAUCUUGACCGAUGGAGGUGCUCUUGCUACAACCAAGAGCUAUCUUUUAAUAUUAGAAGGCAGCCUCAAAGAGGAGAUCAAAUGCCUAGAAGCAAAGACGGGAAAGAGCAAUAGCCUCUUAACGCUGUUGAUUGAGACUUUAAGUCUUACUCAAUAG